AUGGAGGUAGAUAAGGAUGUAGAAUUUGUCGAAGUAACGAUCAAAGUAGAGGUCGAAGUAGUCUUUGAUGUUUUUGUUUUCGUACAAUCUUUUGGACAUGGCAAUCGCCCUCUUUUUAAGAAUUGUGGUGGUAUAAGUUAUGAUGUAGUUGUAGUCCAGGCGUUUUGA